GCCUAGAGCACCGAGGAAGAGGAGGAGAAGGAGGAAGGCUGCUGCUGUGUGGCGGAGCGGCGGCAGCACCUUUGACGUGCCCGUCCCCCACGUGACGGCCGCUCCAUUGCGGGGAGGGAGCUGAGCUGCCGCCGCUCCGGCAGAGCACGGGAGAGCCGCAGCCUCGGCGGCGGCAGCGGCAGCAGUGCCUCCGCCCGCAGUGCGUGUGUGUGCGUGUGUGUGAUGAGCGAUCGCCGCGUCCCUCCGCCCGCUGCCGGCUGACAGCCACCGCGCCGGGCGCGCCAGGAGCAGCAGGAGCAGGCGAGGAGCCGCGGCCAGCGCGCAGUGACCUUGGCCCAGGAGUGCAAUAUCCAAAAGCGGAUCAAAUUUGUGGGACAUGGCACAAGGAAAUAAUUAUGGGCAAAGCAGCAAUGGGGUGGCUGAUGAGUCCCCAAACAUGCUGGUGUACAGAAAGAUGGAAGAUGUCAUAGCCCGCAUGCAAGAUGAGAAAAAUGGGAUUCCUAUUCGUACAGUGAAAAGCUUUCUUUCCAAGAUUCCCAGUGUCUUUUCUGGUUCAGAUAUUGUUCAAUGGUUAACAAAGAACUUAUCAAUAGAAGACCCAGUUGAAGCUCUGCAUUUGGGAACUCUGAUGGCAGCACAUGGCUAUUUCUUUCCAAUCUCAGACCAUGUUCUAACACUGAAGGAUGAUGGCACUUUUUAUCGAUUCCAGACACCCUAUUUUUGGCCAUCAAAUUGUUGGGAGCCGGAAAACACAGACUAUGCUGUUUACCUCUGCAAGCGGACAAUGCAAAAUAAAGCAAGGCUAGAACUAGCAGACUAUGAAGCUGAGAGUUUGGCCAGGCUACAGCGAGCUUUUGCUCGGAAGUGGGAGUUUAUUUUUAUGCAAGCUGAAGCACAAGCAAAAGUUGACAAGAAGAGAGACAAGAUAGAGAGGAAGAUUCUUGACAGUCAGGAGAGAGCAUUUUGGGAUGUGCACCGUCCGGUGCCUGGCUGUGUAAACACUACUGAAGUGGAUAUAAAAAAAUCUUCAAGAAUGAGAAAUCCACAUAAAACAAGAAAGUCUGUCUAUGGCUUACAAAAUGACAUUCGAAGUCACAGCCCUACGCACACACCAGUGCCAGAGACUAAGCCACCCACAGAAGAUGAACUACACCAAGAGAUUAAGCACUGGCAAAUGCAAUUAGACAGACAUAGAUUAAAAAUGUCAAAAGUUGCAGAGAGUCUAUUAGCUUAUACAGAGCAGUAUUUGGAAUAUGAUCCUUUUCUUGUGCCCCCUGAUCCCUCAAACCCUUGGAUAUCAGAUGACACUACUUUCUGGGAACUGGAGGCAAGCAAAGAGCCAGGACAGCAGAGGGUGAAACGAUGGGGAUUUGGCAUGGAUGAAGCUUUGAAAGACCCUGUGGGAAGAGAGCAGUUUCUGAAAUUCUUGGAGUCAGAAUUCAGUUCAGAAAAUUUAAGGUUCUGGUUAGCAGUAGAAGACCUGAAGAAGAGGCCUAUCCGUGAAGUUCCUGCUCGCGUCCAAGAAAUCUGGCAAGAAUUUCUUGCUCCAGGUGCACCCAGCGCCAUCAACCUAGAUUCAAAAAGUUAUGACAAAACCACUCAGAAUGUGAAGGAACCUGGAAGAUACACAUUUGAAGAUGCUCAGGAGCACAUUUACAAACUGAUGAAAAGUGAUUCUUAUCCUCGUUUUAUACGAUCCAGUGCCUACCAGGAGCUGCUACAGGCCAAGAAAAAGGCUGGAACGCCACAUUCCUUUUUCCGAGGAGCCAGGAGCCACCUUGAACCGGGAAACUUCUGUAGCGCUUUGAGAGUAACCAUUCACAAAGACCUUACAGCUCUGAACUACAGCACGCACAAAGAACACUUUUUUUCUAAUAACUACAAAAUGCUGCAAUAAGCUUUGCUCCAAUGAAACCUCUAUUAGUGGUAGUGGAGCUUGGUAUGUUAGUGACCAAGGAUUUGACUAUCAAAUAAUUGCAAUUAUAUGUUCUUUCCAAAACAACUUGCACUAUUUAAGAAGAAAAACAAACUCCAAACAAGCUGGUCUGAGGUUUUGAAAUAUUCAGAUGCAGAGCUCCAAGCUUUAGCCAUUGGGGUACAGUGCAAAGUGCUGCUAAGCAGGCAAUAGGAUUUAUUGCAGUGGCUGAACUUACAAAUACAGAAAGUUCACAGAAAAGCCUGCUCUUGUGAACUUUCAACCAGCAUUUGCAAACUAAGAACCCAUAGAUUACUUAUAUAAUAAAUGGAUACAUAUCUGUCCAAAUGUUUAAUAAAGAUACUAUGUGAGAAGCAUGUAACAAGUCAUUUUCCUCUGCAGUAACAAUAUAUUUUUUUAUUGUAUACAGGACAGUCACAAUAGCAGUUUAAAUCUUCUGAAGUUUCUGUGUUCAGAAGAUGAUAUUUUGACAACAAUUAUACCCAAAAUACAGGUAUUAGAAUGGGAAUUUUCAGGUCAGAUGAGACUAAAAUUUGGUAAUGACUGAAUUCUCUUUAACUGUUAUUGAUAUAUAUGCACCAUUUAAACAAGACCUUGAUACUAAAAAGUAAACUGAACGGUACAAUAUGAUCCAGUAAAACCUGUUUUUAUAAGUGCUCUUUGUACCCUGGAAGACACGGGGAUGGUGAUACUAUUGAUUUUCAGAGGCCAGAUCACCUGUUUCUGGUUACUUUGGCUAAUGGAGUGUGCUUGGCCUGGAAGGGAGAGCACUGUUUGGCCACAGUUGCCAUGCACCCUUACAACUGCCUUCUCCCCACGUGUGCUCUCUCUGGCUCCCCUGCAAAGCACCGAUCAAGUGCACGAGUUACAUCUACACCAGCACAGUAACGAUGAUUUUCAUUUCCCCACUGCUCCCAGAGUCAUGAACAUGAUCUCCAACCCCCGGCAGACGCUUAUUGCCCUAUUGCCAGCACGGCUGGCUCCAGGUCUGGAAGUCUAGUAAGAGAGUUGAAAGUAUUGUUUCUUCCACAUGCACUCAUG